CAGCCCGCAACAUGGCGUCGUGCUGUCACCUGUGUGUGUGAGGAGGGGAGCAGGAGCUGGCCGCUGCGCCCCAGGCACGGCCGCCGCUAGAGAUCCCAGCUCCCCCCCUUCCCCGCUGACAGCCCCCGGUCCCGCUUCCCCUCAGGGACCCCCGGCGCUCCGCUCCCGCCCCCCAGCGCGCGAGGGACCCUCUCCCUUCCCAUCUCCCCCCGCCAUGGGAGGGUAGCGGGGCCCGCCUCACUUCUGCCCCAGGAUCGCCCGGUGCCAGCCCCAUGGGGUCCCCGGCGGCCGCCGCGGCUGCGGACUCGGCCCAGUGGCUCUCGGUGAAGGAGGAGACCAUCUUCCUACACGACGGGCUGAUCCGGGUCACCGACCUGGCCGAGCUGCCCAGCGAGAUCAUCGGGGUGGCCGAGCCCGGGGACACCGAGCUGGAGAUUCUAACAUUUGAGACUAAGAAUCCAACAGAACUAGCUGAGCGUUUGCGUUCUGUAUGUGGAAACCAGAGCAACGCCUAUGCCCGUCUGCUUGAAUACCGUUUAAAUGCUUUGCGUGGACUCUGGAAUGCCCAGCGCCAGCUAGCCUUGGAAGAACAACACGAACGGGAAAAUUCUGGGGAUGAAGAAACAUUGGCCUUGCUCAAGCGUCAGGGUUUGUUACAGCAACCUGAGCAAGCACCAUUUACUUCACGGAUGGGACUUCUAUUGGUCUUUCCUCUCAUUCAGUCUCAAAGCAGAACAGACCCUUCUCUCUGUAACAUAACUGCUGAGGUACUAUUGAAUUGCCUUCGAGAUUGCCAGCCUUUGAGUUUGACUAAGGAACCAGCUGACUGUCUUAAUGGAAUUGAAUCUUUGCUCUGCUCCUGGUUGGAGGAAACAUCUGCCUCAGGCCAACAGAUUCCAUAUAAACAAAAAGAGAAUGCUGCUGCCGCCCUUGUUGCCUUGGCCUGUGCAAGGGGAUCACUGAAAACUUUUGUUCACACAGUACAUCUAUUACAGAAACAGACAGACCUGGGAUCCCUGCCUGUGGCUGAUGUAUUAUAUAGGUUGCUGCUUCUGGAAGGUGGGCCUGGAUCUCCCUCCUGUUUGCUUGGGGGAAAACACAUGGUAUCUUGGGGAUUUGAAGAUAUGUUACCUGCACCUGAUGCCAACAGUGGCUCCAGCUCUGAAAACAAAGAUGCAGACUUAGGGCGCUGUCUUGCAGCAGAUGGACUUUAUCUUUAUACAACUAAUUCAGUAGGCAGAGGAAUAAGCAAAUUAGGAUCUGGAUUACACGGUACUUUACGAGGCUUUGUAUACUGUCGUAACGAGGAGUUGGAGACUGGAUGGGUUGCUUUUGGCAAUGGCAAACUUCUUCAUCGGCCUGUCUCUUUUGAUAAUAAGCCUCACUCCCUUUUCCAGGUCAUUGACCAGAAUACCCUUCAGGUAUGUCACAUACUCCCCAUGCCAGUAAAUCACUUCCCAGUUGGCAGUACUAUGACCACAGUACAUCUUUCUUCAGAUGGUACCUAUUUCUACUGGAUCUGGUCUCCUGCAAGCCUGAAUGAAAAAACACCAAAGGGACACUCUGUCUUUAUGGAUAUUUUUGAACUUAUAGUAGAAAAUGAUAUAUGUAUAGCAAAUCCUCUACAGGAGCGCAUUAUACUAAUGAGAAAAGAGGGAGAAUCUGCAAAGAGUAUAAAUGAGAUGCUUCUGAGUAGGCUUUCAAGGUACAGAGCUUCCCCAUCAGCAACACUGGCUGCUUUAACUGGCUCUACAAUUUCCAAUACAUUGAAAGAGGACCAAGCAGCUGCUAACACUAGUUGUGGGCUACCACUAAAAAUGUUACGAAAGACUCCAAUGUACACAUGUGGAACAUAUUUGGUCAUGUUGGUCCCACCUCCAGGUGGGUCAGGCAGCUCUGCGACACGAUCACUGUUUGGUGGGACAAGUGGUUUGUCAUCUUUGAAAAUUCUUGCUUCUAGCUUGGUAUACAAUAUUUCUGAUGGGCAGUUCACAAGCCGAGCGGAUCUCAUUGAUGCCGCAGGAAGUUCACUUGGACGUGGUGCUCUAAUACCAGGACUUGGUGCAUGUUAUGAUACUAUGAAUAACAUGAUAUGGACGUGCUCUAAUGACUAUAUUGAUCAAUGGUGUAAUCCUGGAAACCAAGCAUUCCAUUAUGUCUGUCAGAGACUGGGAGUUAGUCAUAUCAUCACAGAGCCUAGAGGAGAUGCUAUAACCACAAAUGAGGUUAUCAACCAGUUACUUCACCAUGUUGGUGCCAUGUGCAUACACCAACUAAAUCUGCUUGCAGCCAGUAACAAUCUCCCAAUAACAAAUUUUUUGGGUAAACAACAUCCAAUUGAAGCACACCAUCUCAGCAGUAUUUGCGACAUCAUGGAGAAAGCUAUGGUGAAUGGAGAUACUUGCAUUAUACGCUGCAUCCUUGUUGUCUUUCAGGUGGUUUUUAAAUUUUUCUUCAGCCCCCAAACUGAGAGAAACAGAGACAUUGUUAGAAGGUCUGGCCUUUUACUUUGGCAGUUAUUGAUGGCACCAAAGAGCCAGAUUUGCCCUGAAAUUCAGAAGGAGGUCUGUCUAGCAAUCAGCUCUGGCUUAAAUAUCCUAUAUCCUGGAGAAGUGGAAAUUAAUAACUUACUUAAGUUGGUCUUGACGGAAGGAGAGAGAAAUAGUGGGCUCUCCCAACUUCGUGAUGUGAUCCUCACUAAUUUAGCUGAACAGCUUCAGAACAACAGAUUUGGAAGUGAAGAUGACGAUCAUUACAGACUAAACGAUGAGCUUUUGCACUACAUUCUCAAGAUUGUUGUUCGAGAAUCUUGCAUCUUAAUCACCAAGUGCCAAAUUGUAUCUAAAGAUGAAUUUCAAAGACUGCUUUCAACUGUGCCUGCUGCAUCUUCAUGCUUGCGGUAUCUGAUGGCUGUACAGAACCACCUUCUGAGUAAUACUAUUUUGAUUAAACCUGAUGAAAAUGAUGACAGUGACAGCUCCUUGCAGGGAGAGACAUUGAAGGUACAGGAGCUAAAGACCAGUAUUUUGGCUCUUGCUACACAAAUCCUGACUGGAUGUGAUGAAGUUUUAGAAAUGCUGCAACAGGUCACUACGGCUCUUAUAAACAGUGACAUUUCUGACAGAGAGCAGAGGUUAAAAGGCCUGGAACAAGUUACCAAGGCUACUAUGCUUGGUCACCUGCUUCCGGUAUUACUGACAUCUCUGAUGCAUCCAAAUUUACAGACCCUCACCAUGGCCGAUGCACUGAUGCCUCAGCUGGUACAGCUGGUACUUUAUACCAGUCAGACGGCCUUGUUGCUUAAAACCCAGUCUCCAGUUUUCUCAGAGGUGGGCAGUUCCCCCAGUGGUACAUCAGAGCAGAAGGGCAAGCUGUUCCCUGAUGAGAGAAUGCUAGAAGAGAAAGAGGAGCCAGGUUUUCUCACUGGCUUGAAAAUCCCAGCUCCGUGGGCUGCUGGGAAAACUGUAGAAACCGUGCAUCCUGUCAGGGACAACUAUAAGUUUAAAGAAACUGUACAUAUUCCAGGAGCUCGCUGUUUAUACCUUAGAUUUGAUAGCAGAUGUUCUUCACAGUACGAUUAUGAUAAGUUGGUGAUCUAUGCUGGUCCUAACACAAACAGUAGGAAGGUUGCUGAGUAUGGAGGCAAUACACUGGGAUAUGGCAGCCGUAGUGUCUUAGGAACGGGUUGGCCGAAAGACUUAGUGAAGGUGGAAGGGGAUACAGUCACCUUCUCCUUUGAAAUGAGGAGUGGCCGUGAGCACAACACUCCAGACAAAGCUAUGUGGGGCUUUGCUUGCACUGUUCGAGCACAGGAGUCUUCAGAAGAUGUGUCAGGAGGAUUACCAUUCUUGGUUGACCUGGCUUUAGGCCUUUCUGUGUUAGCUUGCUCCAUGCUAAGGAUAUUAUAUAAUGGACCAGAAAUUACGAAAGACGAGGAAACAUGCCAGGAACUCUUAAGAUCUAAACUGUUACAGAGAUGCCAGUGGCAGGUGGAGGCCAAUGGGGUAAUAUCUCCAGCCCUUACUCCAAGUCCUUCUCCGCUGCCUCUUACUAUAGAUGAGGAUCGAGAAUUCACAUAUCCUUCUGAUGUCCUAGUUCCUCCUGUAGGACAUUACUUUGAUCUGCCUAGGAUCAGGUUGCCUCCAGGAAUCAUGAUAAAACUCAGGGAAAUAUCUGGACGUGCUCGGCCUCAGUUUAGACCUAGUAUAAAAGAAGUGAUUCAGCCAGAUGUAAUGGAGGAGAUGGUAGUUUCAUGUGUUAUUAAACAUUUGAACUUGGUUGAUGCACUCCAGUCCCUAAUAAACUUCCAGUAUCAAGAAGAACAUGCUGAGGAAUAUGAUUUGCUGUGUAAAAUUAUGGGAGAGACCUUUAAGAAGCUAAAUGCCAUGGAAAGACAAUUGCAGAGUGUAGCUGAAUUGGAACAGAGAUGGCAGAAUGAGGUAGAUGAUGCCAUACAUGGGAAGCUGGAAAAUAAUGUUCCAUUCUUUUAUGAUUAUCAUUUCAAUGAGAGCAAAAUGAAAGAAUUGGAACUUCUAUGUUCAAUGAAAGAAAUUUCCUUUGAUGGAAGUGAUCUUGAGAAUAUGGUCCUGUCAUUGAGGGAGAAAUUUUUUCAAGAAGUCAAUUCUCUGAUUCAGAAGCCCUCACAUCCCUUGGCUAAAACAAAAACAUUAGUAAAGAGCUUGAUGAAUAGAGCAGAGCUACUGUUGCAUGUUACUAUUGCAGCACAAGCUGGUAUCACAAGAAGUAUAUCCGGUACCCCUGCUGAGACACCAGCUUGUAAAUCAGCAUCUGAAACAAAAGUGAUAUCUCAUGCUGUCCGCCAGCCUGUCUUCCUUCGUAGCAUGUCGGCACCUUCUGACCUAGAAAUGAUUGGAAAUGAAGAUUUGGAGUUCACUAGAUCAAGUCAGAGGCGGCGCCAUGUUACUAGUCAUAGAAGUAGCUCUUUUACUCUUCUUCAAUCUUUGACCGUCGAAGAUAGCAGAGAUAAACCUACCUACAGUGUCUUGUUAGGGCAGCUGUUUGCUUUCAUUGGGACAAAUCCUGACCAAGCGGUAUCCAGUAGCAGUUUUCUGUUAGCUGCUCAGACCAGGUGGCGUCGUGGGAACACAAGGAAACAGGCACUGGUGCAUAUGAGAGAGCUUCUAACAGCAGCAGUUCGGGUUGGUGGUGUUACACAUCUUGUGGGUCCAGUGACUAUGGUACUUCAAGGAGGACCAAGAAUCGAAGAACUCACUUGUGGCGGGAUGGUGGAACAAGUCCAAGAAGCUUUUGGAGAGACCAUGACCUCGGUGGUUUCAUUGUGUGCUCGUUACCCCAUUGCUUGUGCAAAUAGCAUUGGCCUCUUGUGCACUAUACCAUAUACAAGGAGUGAAGAGAAGUGCUUGGUACGCAGUGGCCUGGUGCAGCUUAUGGACAGGCUCUGUAGUUUAAGCAGCCAGACAGAAUCCAGCUCAAAUGAAAAGCAGACUAAAAAACAGAAGGUGGCUACGAUGGCUUGGGCUGCCUUCCAGGUCCUAGCCAAUCGCUGUGUUGAAUGGGAAAAAGAAGAGGGUAGGAGCAGAGAAUUAACUGCAGUAGCAUUGCCAAAUUGCAAUGUGAAUAACUACAUUCUAUAUACUUACAUUUCUCCUGCAGUUUCAGUACAAUGGUUUUAUUCUUACAUUUGUAGUAGUUCAGAAGGUCGACCAUUCCGACUUGGCACUGGAGCUAACAUGGAGAAAGUAGUGAAGAUGGAUCGGGACAUGACUAAAAGUGGCUGCUGUGAGGUUAUUACAGAAGAGGCUGCUGCAGCUCUUCGGAAGGCUACCAAGUGGGCACAAUCUGGCCUAAUUGUCAGUGUCGGGCCACCUAUUGAAUCUAUCAGUCCAGAAACCACUAGCGGGCUGUCAACUGGUGACAAAAAGAAAACUGCUCAGACCUCCAUUUGCAGGGAGAGGAAUUCUGAACUUGCCAGAACAGAUCCUGUGCGCCCAUUUAUCAGUGGGCAUGUAGCAAACAGUAUGGCCGCAGAGGUGAUUGCUCUGCUUCACAGCUUAUUGAUGGCACCAGAAUCAAAUGCAGCUCAAAUAUGGACAACAACGGCUGAAAAGGUUCUGUCUCGGGCUCUGAUGUACAUUCCACAACUUGGGAAAUACGCAGAGAGUAUCUUGGAGAAUGGGAGCAGCAGUGGCAGGAAACUUGCUAAACUUCAAAGAAUUGCUCGACAGGCGGUGGCUGCACUGUGUGCUCUUGGUGGCUUUAAAGAGACAAUUAAAAUAGGUUCUGAAGUACAGGUUUUGGGUAGAGGAAUAGCAGGAAGCAUUGGAGUGGUGGCUUCUAUUAAUGAACAGGAAGGUAUAGCAACUGUCAAAUUUCCACCUGCCAGUAUAGACUGUAGAAAGACCUCACAAGCAUCAGACACAUUAACUAUUCCAUUAUCUAGGCUCUGUGUUCCAAGAUCUGAGGCAUUGCCUCUUCAUAAACUGUCCAUUACUGAGAAGGUAGUACAGGCAGUCCAGUCCAUGUUGCUUCCUCAGGAGGGAAGUCUAUCUAUUCAUACCUCACUUCCUGCAACAGGAGAUGGCUCAACUCCAGUAAUGGCAGUGGUCCGGCUCCUUGGAGAAAUAAGAACAAGAGCAUGCCUGGUGAUGGCCCAGCUAUUAGAAGACAGUUUGUUUUGUGAAGAAUUCAUACAACAAUGUCCAGCUGCUGUAGAAGUUCUUAACCUGGUGGCACAAGAGUGCAGCCCUGGGGAGAGGCUUCUCGUUGUAGAAGUGCAAUGUGAAAGGUUAAGAAUGUUAUAUCGAGAUUGUGCUCGUCCCCCACCUCCGCCACUCCAGGCAGACCGAAGACAGCCCAAGGAGAUUACUUGGAGCCCUUCUAGAGUGUUCCCACCUGUGCGAGCAUGCAUGUUCUCAUCACAUCUUACAGCUGUGACCUUUUUGGCUGACCCUAGUGCAGGCGGGGGACUGCCUCGUGGCACAUUUAUCUACGCUACCUCCCCAGUUCCAGUACAAGCCCCAUCAUUUUACUGGGAGAUUGAAAUAGUUUCCUAUGGAGAUACAGAUGACGACACCGGUCCAAUAGUUUCAUUUGGGUUUGCCACUGAAGCAGAAAAGCGGGAUGGCGCGUGGACAAAUCCUGUUGGCACAUGUCUCUUUCACAAUAAUGGACGAGCUGUGCAUUACAAUGGCUCCAGCUUGCUACAGUGGAAGAGUGUUCGACUGGAUGUGACCCUUUCUCCUGGUGAUAUAGCAGGAAUUGGCUGGGAGAGAACAGAAGGCACUCCUCCCCCCCCAGGACAGCCAGCUAAAGGAAGAGUGUACUUCACGUAUUGUGGACAGCGACUUGGGCCUUAUCUGGAGGAUGUCUCUGGUGGAAUGUGGCCGGUGGUGCACAUUCAGAAAAAGAAUACAAAAGUCCGUGCUAACUUUGGAUCUCGCCAGUUUGCCUAUGCUGAGGGACAAGCUCACAGGAAUGCGGCUGAUCUGUGCAUUGACCUAGCUGAAGAAAUAAGUGCCAACUUUGAAGCACUGCCUUUUGCCAUGGCUUCCGACAGUGAUAAUGAUGCUGGUACCAGCAUAGCUUCUGAUCCUGGAACCCAUGGACCUCCUUGUAGAAUUGCUGCUGUUGCCACAGCUCAGCAACAGUAUGACAGUGACACUUCUUGUCAUUAUAAAAUGGAACUCAGCUAUGAGAACUUCUUCACAUCAGGCCCAGAUCCACAUCCCCCUGCUAUUGCAGAUGACGAAAGCGAUGAUGAUGAUGAUGACGACAUCCCCCGGGAGGAUCACUAUGCUCUCUUGGUUAAAGCCUGGGAGACUAAAGUUUUCCCUACAAUUAGAAGACGGUUUCGCAAUGAAGCUGAGAGGAAGUCUGGUCUAGACCAGAUUAAAGGGGCUUUACAGCUAGGAAUGGUCGAUAUAGCCCGACAAACAGUAGAAUUCCUUUAUGAGGAAAAUGGUGGUAUCCCAAGAGACCUCUAUCUUCCUACCAUUGAGGAUAUCAAAGACGAAGCAAAUAAAUUCACUAUUGAUAAAGUUCGGAAAGGCCUCACAGUGGUGACUCGCUUCCCAGACAGUAACAAUGUGGCCAGCAAUGCUGUGGGAACGGCUUUACCUAAAUUUGCUAUUCGUGGGAUGCUGAAGACAUUUGGGCUCCAUGGUGUUGUUCUGGACGUGGAUUCGGUAAAUGAAUUGGUGCAAGUAGAGACUUAUCUCAGAAGUGAAGGUGUGUUAGUAAGAUACUGGUAUCCUAUUGACAUGUUAGAAAGGCCACCUGCUGGCUAUAGGAGGACUGCAACAAAUGGAUUGGUUACUCUGGAUAAUACAAACAUCCAAAUUCACAGAGAACUUUUGCGAUGUGAAGCCUCACUUGCACGGUUGUACUGCCGCAUGGCUCUCCUCAAUAUUUUUGCCCCCAAAUCUCCACAUAUGUUUACUCGUCUGUUUCAUAUUCCUGCUAUCCGUGACAUCACCCUGGAGCACCUGCAGCUGCUGUCCAACCAACUUCUUGCACCGCCCCUUCCUGAUGGAACAAUCAGUUCAAGUUCUAUUCUUUUGGCCCAGUCCCUACAGCAUUGUAUCCAUUCCCAGAACUGUUCUGCCACAGACCUUUUCUACCAGGGCAAUUCACAGCAAAUCAGGGAGUGGCUGACUGUAGCCAUCACCCGGACACUACAUCAAGGAGAGGAGAGUCUGUUAGAACUAACUAAACAAAUCUGUUCCUUCUUGCAGACUGCACCAGAACAAUUCCCCGCUGAAGAGUUCCCUAUUUCAGAGUCCAAAGUCAAUAUGGAUGUUAAUUUUCCUGGGGCUGCUUUUGUAGUUGUGUCCUGUAAGGAAAGUCAGUCUGGAUUCCGCAAAGAUUCCUCCCUGUAUAAGGCUCCAUGGGCUCGAGUGUUUGUCUAUGGUCUUGGUCAUAAAAUAAAAAGGAACGGUCAGUUAAACCUAACAGAGGCAGUAUGUUACCCUCGGGAUGCCUCUCCAACCAACACAGGCUUGACACCACCCCCAACAACCAAUCAGUAUCCUUCAGUGAUUAUCUCCACUGACAAGGUCCACAUCAAAUUAGGAGUAUCCCCCCCUCCUGGAGCUGUCUUAGUUUUGCACUCUCUUCCGCUUGAAUUCCCUCUGGCUGUGGCGUUUACAGAACAGCUGUUAACUUGGAAAUCAGAGGAUGGUGAUGUGAAAUCAGAAGAUGAACUGGAUACUAUCCCUGCUUCAGUUCUCUUGCAAAUGGUGGAACUUUUAGGGAACUUUCUCUGGACGACAGACAUGGCAGCUUGUGUGAAGGAACUGAUAUUUCAUCUCUUGGGAGAGUUGCUUCGCAAAAUUCACAAUCUGGAACAGAAAAAGAACCCAGCAGGGUUGUCGUCUUCCAUUGCACUUCAGCUAAAUCCCUGUCUAGCCAUGCUUAUGGCUCUUCAGUCAGAACUGCACAAACUAUACGAUGAAGAAACUCAGAACUGGGUGUCUGGAAAUGCCUGUGGUGGCUCUGGUGUGGGAGUGGCUGACCAGGGAAGAUUUUCAACCUACUUUCACGCUCUGAUGGAAGGCUGUCUAGCUGUAGCAGAAGUGACUCUGCCAAUAAACAUGAGUGUAACAGCUAGUGUGAUGUCAUCAACAAAUGCCCCAAAUCUAAGUGAUUCAUCUUCCUCCUCCUCAUCUUCUCCGGGGCAGACGCCCCAGAGCCCAAGCCUCCUGUCAAAGAGGAAAAAAGUCAAAAUGAAGCGGGAAAAGACAUCGUCUUCAGGUAAACGGUCUUCAUCCCGAGCUGCUGAAACUGACACUGCAAUUCUCAAUAUAGGAGGAAGCAAACCUGAGGAUAUGUUAUGGUUUCAUAGAGCGCUGACCUUACUUAUAAUUCUCAGACACCUAACUAAAAAGGAUCCACAAGGGCUAGGUGUGACAAAUGAUGCUGUCGCUGAUGCUUGCCAGGCACUAGUGGGUGCAACAGCUCAUAGUCGGUUACUUGUGAUUUCUGGAAUACCAACUCACUUAGAGGAGGGUAUUGUCAGAAGUGCAAUCCGGAAGGCGUGUAACGCACAUGGUGGAGUCUUCAAAGAUGAAAUCUACAUCCCUUUGCAGGAAGAGGACCCCAAAAAAAUCAAGGACAAAGCAGGAGGAGGCGAAUGUAGGACUGAAUUGGAAAAAGCAACUGUAUCUAGUAGUGCAGACAGUCUCGAUAUCAGCAGUUCUAGCAGCGUCACACCUGCCAUGAGUGUUAGUGCCUCAGCCUCGACAAGCCAGGCCUCCCUCUGCAGCUCGCAGGGUAUCUCUCGGACAAUUAGCGAUAUUUCUGUAGACCAGUUUCAAGCUUCACUGGAGUUGGCUAUUCCACCAGGACUGCUAGAGCCACAUGUUGUUUCCAGCCAGGAGAGUUUAGAUCUUUCACUUUGCAGCACUGGAAGCCUUGGCAGCCUUGGCAGUCUUGGGGAACCACUUGACAAUGUAGAAACAGCGUCUGUAUCUGAUGUUGGAUCAAUGUACACUGUCACGUCACUGGACAACCAGCCACUGAUGUCACGGCCAAUCAAGGGUUUUGCAGUAGUGGAGAUAAGGUCACGAGCUAAAAUAGAGAAAAUCCGAGCCAGUUUAUUUAACAGUAGUGAUCUGAUUGGUUUGUCAAGUCUGGAUGGUGAAGAUGAACUAAUGGAAAUGUCAACUGAGGAGAUUUUAACUGUAUCUACUGUAAAUCAGAGUUUAUUUGAUACGCAAGGGAGCCCAGUCCUAGAAGACUAUUUUAAUGAUAAAUCGAUAAAAGGUGAGAAAUUGGUCCCAGGUGCUCGAGAAGUCCUCUCAGAAAUAUUUAAGAGCUGUGGUCACUCUGAACAAAUGCUGAGCCUGACUCCAGCGAAACCCAUUAAAGUUGCUGAUAUUUAUCUGAGCAAAGAGCAAAUAAAUUCCCAGACUCCUGGAAACCUUCUCCAUGUCUUCUUCACAAAUGUCCGCCCACCAAAGAAGGUGCUGGAGGACCAACUCACUCAGAUUUUAAGGAAAUACGGUGUGUCCAAGCCUAAGUUUGACAAGAGCAAGUAUAACAAGGCAGGCAAAGAGCAACAUCCAGUGAAAGUUGUGAGCUCCAAACGUCCGGUUACUAAACCACCUGCAAAAGAAAAGUCUGUGCUCAAUAGUGUCAGCAGAACAGCUUUAAGUGAGAAAAAACCUACUGUAAAGCCAAAAUCUCCAGAGAAGGGCAAACCUGAUGAGAAGGACCCAGAGAAGUCUCCUACAAAGAAACAAGAAGUUCCAGAAGAGAAGUAUUUGACACUGGAUGGAUUUCACAGAUUUGUUGUUGAUCGAGCCAAACAGGACAUCCGUAGUGUCUGGAGAGCUAUUUUGUCCUGUGGAUAUGAUCUUCAUUUUGAAAGGUGUGCCUGCAUUGACGUGAGACACGCUCAGAAAGCAUCCCGGAAGUGGGCUUUGGAAAUGGACGUAGCCCUUGUGCAGUACAUCAACCGACUCUGCCGCCAUCUUGCAAUUACCCCAGCACGACUGCACCCACAUGAAGUUUACUUGGAUCCAGCUGACGCAGCUGAUCCCAGAGUCUCUUGUCUGCUGAAUGUUCCCAUUGAAAGUCUACGUCUGCGUUUUGCACUGCUUCAGUCUCUGAACACCAUGCUGGAGACCUUCUUCCUACCACUGGUGGAGCUGCGACAGACAGAAAUGUACACUAAUAGUAUUGCUGCAUUAUUGCAAGAGGCCAAAGGUUUAAUCUUUUAUGACACAAAGGUGACUGUAAUGAAUCGAGUGCUGAAUGCCACAGUACAAAGAACAGCAGAUCAUGCAGCCCCAGAAAUCACACUGGAUCCAUUAGAAAUAGUGGGAGGGGAGAUCCGUUCUUCAGAGAAUUCCUACUUCUGCCAGGCAGCUAGGCAGCUAGCCUGUGUGCCAUCCUCUCAGCUCUGUGUUAAACUCGCCAGUGGUGGGGAUCCCACAUACGCCUUUAACAUUCGCUUCACUGGAGAGGAGGUUCAUGGAACAAGUGGUUCGUUUCGUCACUUCCUGUGGCAGGUCUGUAAGGAGUUACAGAGCUCCUCGCUUUCCCUGCUCUUGUUGUGCCCCAGCUCUGCAGUCAAUAAGAAUAAGGGGAAGUAUAUUCUGACACCGAGUCCUAUAACCUAUGCGGAAGAGCAGUUGCUUCAUUUCUUUGGACAGCUGCUGGGCAUUGCAGUUAGAGCUGACGUUCCUCUUCCACUGGAUCUCUUAUCCUCAUUCUGGAAGACCUUAGUAGGAGAACCACUGGAUCCAGAUGUUGAUCUCCAGGAAGCUGACAUCCUUACCUACAACUAUGUCAAAAAAUUUGAAAAUAUAAACGAUGAGACUGAACUGGAGGCCUUGUGUGCUGAAAUUGCAUCCCAGCACCUAGCCACAGAGAGCCCUGAUUGUCCUAAUAAACCGUGCUGCAAGUUCACCUACCUGAGCAUGACCGGCGAGGAGGUGGAGCUGUGUCCUAGAGGCAGGCACAUUCCCGUCAUCUGGGAGAAUAAGGACAUAUAUGCAACAGCAAUCCGGAAUCUGAGGCUGCAUGAACUGCAGAAUCCUGACUGCAUGACGGCUGUGCGGGCUGGACUAGGGUCGAUUAUACCCCUGCAGCUUCUAACAACGCUGACUCCUCUAGAAAUGGAGCUAAGGACAUGUGGGUUACCUUACAUUAACCUGGAGUUCCUGAAGGCACACACCAUGUACCAGGUGGGGCUGAUGGAAACAGACCAACAUAUUGAAUUUUUCUGGGGUGCAUUAGAAAUGUUUACUCAAGAAGAACUCUGCAAAUUCAUCAAGUUUGCCUGCAACCAGGAACGAAUCCCCUUUACAUGUCCAUGUAAAGAUGGAGGGCCAGAUACUGCACAUGUCCCACCUUAUCCCAUGAAAAUUGCACCCCCAGAUGGAGCUGCAGGUUCCCCAGAUUCUCGGUACAUCCGUGUUGAAACGUGUAUGUUCAUGAUAAAGCUUCCUCAAUAUUCCUCUCUGGAUAUAAUGCUAGAAAAGCUCCGGUAUGCUGUUCACUACAGAGAGGAUCCACUUAGCGGCUGAGUUGGGCAAGACCAAGACCAGGGAUGCUUUUGGGAGGCUCGUUUCAUGACUCUGCUCUGUUGGAACCCUGUGAUUUACCUGCAAAUACCUCCAGUGACAGUACAUGAAGAAUUGGAGACUAAUUUAUUUUCUGAACUUUUGUUCCCAUUACAGUAAUUACUGGAAGACUUACAUUUUGUAUUUGUAGAUUUUGUGGUGGACUGGUUAUUUUGCUGCCUUGUUUGUGGAAUAUUUGUAGGAUAGUUUAGUACAGAACAGUUUGAUGUGUAUAAUUUAAUUUUAAAAGAUCUUUGAACAUGUACAUUUCUAAUUUUGUAAUUUAAAAUUGUGUUGCCCAUCCAAACACAACAAACUUGGCUAUUCUGAGGUUGAGAGCUCAGAUCUAAAUGAUUAGAGCUCAUUCUCCCUCUAAAACAUUUCUGAGUACAAAAAUGUGAUUUUUUUAAAAUUAAUUUUCACAUUUUCCAUAAAAUCAGAACAACAUCCCUCUCAUAUGAAAGCUGAGAGUUUGUUUUCUGUACUCGAUACACUGAACUUCCAGCGCGCGCGCGCACACACACACACACACGGGUUUUGUAACAGAAAAUAGGUUUCCCAAUUACAGGUGUUUACAUAUCCUGAAAUGUUCUUGAUUAACUAUUUAAAUACAAAUCAGACACAUUGGUAACUGCCACAGUAAAUUUCAAUGUUUUAUUUUCAAACUUUCCUCUUCAGAGUUGGAUAACUCUGAAAAACCCAGAACAGUGAAGAAUAUGAUACAGUUAAGUCCUAAUCAAGACAUUCCUGGAUUGAUACUGAACCUACUAACAAAAAUUCCUUCACUGAUCUUUGAUUUUUUGGAAGAAAGAGUGGGUUCUCUCUAUGGUGUAUAAAAUACCACAUUCCAUGUUUAAAAUAUUAACCAGUCAGUGAUUAAAGCACCUGUACUUUGUUUUUUGUACUCAAAAAUGAUUUAUCUAAAAGGAAGCAAAUUAUCCUAAAAAUGUGACACCUAGAAGGGGGACAAAGACACAGAGUUGCUGAAUUGAAGAUGUAGCUUCUAUUUUAUAUAGAAAGAUAAUGGUGGAAUACCGGGAGGUGACAAUUCUGUAUGUUAAACUGUUGUAUGUUAUGGAAUGUGUUCUGCAGCGGUAAAACACACCACAUCUAUCUUCCUUCACUAAUGCAAACAAGUGUUGCCCUCUAUUGGGUGUAUUUAAAGUGAGGCAUCACUUCAUAAACCAUUUAGAACUGAACUCCUAUGAAAAACCUAUUUGUGCUCAAGAACCGAAGAGAACACUGAAAUUACUGCUGUACUUCUUGGCUCAGUACUAUAUGUAAGUUAAGUGCCAGUACUGAGCUACAGAUUAGUCAUUUUCCUGCUGGUGCACAUCUAACCACAGAAAGGUCUAUGACUCUGUGUGUGUGACUGUACUUUAAGGUUGGUAUUACGUGUCUCUUUAGAAGACAGACAUACACUAAUUGUUUGGCUUGUCAGUUGUAAUGGGAAUUGAAAAGCUGUAUUUUUUGUAUAUUAUUGUGAAUAUUGGGAAUUAUUAUGUGUGUGAUAUGUUUGGAGAGCAGGAUGUGUGAGAACAGAGAAAGCCACUAAGUGUGUAGGUCUGAGUGUGAAUGGAAAGGUGUGUGUGUAACAGCUGUAGUAGUAGUAGUUGGCAUACAAUGGCUCCAAAUCCUUUUGUUAGGAGAACUGUCACCAUUCUAUAGCAUUCCCCUCCCCCUCUCCUCUGAGAAACAUGUAGGAAUAAUAUAUAUUCUUGAAUCUUGUCCACUUUCUGGUAGAAGCAUAGAUGUAGAUGAAAUAUCAUUCCAAGUAAGGCAAAUGUGUAAAGUUUACCAAGACCAGAGGAAAACUAAGCACAAUAUGUUGCUUGAAAUGCUUUAGUCCCAUCUAAAAAGUGCAUUCUCAAACAGCUGCUGAGCAAGGGGAACAUGAAGAAUGUCAUCUGAGUUUCAGAGCAGAACUACUUUUCCUGACAAUUAAAUGCUUUGGUUUUCUUUCUGGGUUUGAAUAGCAUUUUUGUACUGUUUAAGUAUCUCCUUUCAAACCCCUAACAACUUGAGUAGACUCAAAAUUCAGUCAAAUGCCUCCCUGGUAGGGGUUUGAGGACUGUGGUAUGCCAAUCCUUUCCUAGGAUAUGAUUACAGCUGUGAGUAAGAUAACUGCUGCUAAUGUUUCUGCUUCUCCUUCCAGAAAGCACAUGUGAGUAAAGCAUCUCCACAGCGUGGCCCUGAAAUGUGUGCUGUAAAGUUACUUGAUCUCUUAUUUAUUAUAGUUAUUUAUGGUUGCAUUUAACAAACUUUUAGUCAAUGCUGUUUACACCCUGCUGUGUAAAUGAAGCUUCUUCCUACAGGAAAAAUGUGUCAACAAUAAAUAACCUUCAUCUACUUCUGCCUGAUUUGAAGAAUGGUGUGGUCCCUUGGUAGGAAGAACAGGUUAAAGGAAUGAAGUGCUGCUGUGGCUUCAGUGAUAAUGACCUUAAACUAAAGCUUUUCUAAUCUUGGUUAUUUCCUUGUGCUCAAAGUGAACCUAGCAGUCCCUGGAGGAAGCCUGUCUUUCUAAGCAAACCUUGGUUUGUGAUUUUUUUUUUAUUUUACUUGGAUACUCAUUCAGAAUGUAAAAUUACACAGCAGUGGGAAACAGUCAGGUAUUUAUUCUAGGAAGGUGUCCAGCUUGGUACCAUACACAGCAUUCAUGAGUCUAAACAUCCAUCUCUAGAUGUAUUUUGUGUUAUUACUUGAGGCUGGAUAUAGAAAACCUGCCUGUGAAGUUGCAUCUUCUGAGAGAAUUAAAACUACUAGAAAUUCUUCUUUAAACCCCAUUUCUAUGGGCUAAUAUUCUUUAUAUUUCUUUGCAGCUGGGCUGUAAGUAUUUUUUACAAUAGGGAAAGGCAAGUCCAGACACUGGUAAUGUUUCUCUUGAACAGGAAGAAUGCAGUGCAUCUCCUGCAGAGAAAACCCCUGUGGCAGCUCAGUUUGUUAAUUUAUUCCAUGUUUUCACCCUACAAUUUCCCCAUGAAUAAGGUAUCCUAUUAGACCUCGUCAUCUAGAGAACAAGAGAGAUGCAGCCAUAGUAUUCUGCCCCAGAAACUACCAUUGCCAGGUUGAUUGCCACUUGUUUUUAAUUCCUUUAGUUGGCUUCUCUUGUAUUUAAUAAAUGCUUACUUUGGGUGGAAACAUC